AUGGAUGUAGAAGACGUGGGCAAUGAGGUGUGGAAAGAAUUGUAUUGGAGAUCAUUUUUCCAAGAUAUUCAGACAGAUGAAUUUGGCAUGACAACAAGUUUCAAGAUGCAUGAUCUAGUUCAUGAUCUUGCCCAAUCAAUCAUGAGAGAAGAAUGUAACAUUCUGGACAACAUAAGCUCAAAUGAUUUGCAUUUGCAUGGAAACACUCGCCAUCUUUCUGCUCCAAUCUAUAGACUUAAAAGAUCUCAUUUUGGUUUGUCAGACAUACCCAAAUCCUUACGAAGCAGCCUACAUGUAUCAAAUGCAGUUUCAUCUGUCUCCCUACUGAUGAAAACUACCUCUUUGAGAGCAAUUCAUGAGAGUGGCAGUGAGACGGUAACAGAAUUGCCAUCUUCAAUAGGGGAUUUGAAGCAUCUAAGAACUUCCACUAUUGGGGAAACUUCCGUCUCUGAAGUACCUCAGAUUAUCUGGUGUCCCAGGUUGGCCUUGCCCAUUCUUCCAUCUGUCAAAGACCUAGUUCUAAUCGAUUGCGAGGAAGUGUCUUUGAGCUCAAUCUACAACCUCCACAAUCUUAGAUUUCUUCAAGUUUCCGCUUUCCAAGAACUGACCACUAUCCCAAAAUCGAUGUUGAGAGGCCUCAGUGAUUUAGAGCAGUUUCACAUCACUUACUUCUCUAAGCUUGAAUCAUUUCCAGAGCAAAUGUUAGAAGGUCUACGCCCUCUCAAAGCAAUCAAGAUUGAUUCCUGCGAGAAACUGAAAUCUUUGUGGGAAGGUUUUGAAGACCUUACUUCGCUAGAAACUUUAGAAAUCAAAGGAUGUCCGGAACUAGAAACUUUUAUUCCUACUAAACUGGCAGUAUUACCAGAGUCCUUAGGACAUAUUUCUUCACUGCAAUAUCUCAAGAUAAGUGUAUUCCCAAAUUUGGCAUCUUUACCUGAAUUGGGAAACCUUACAUCUCUUCAGACCUUAGAGGUUGGCCACUGCCCAAAGUUGCUAUCUCUUCCCACAACUAUUCGAUGCCUUACCAAAUUGCAGGAGUUCAAGUUAAAGAGCCUACAAAAUCUUUCAUCACUGCCUGACGAGUUGGCGGGCCUUACUUCUCUUGAAAUGUUACUUGUCGAAGAUUGUCCAAAGUUGACUUCCCUUCCCAUGUGUAUUCAAAGCCUCACCAAUUUGAAGACUUUGGCCAUUGGGGAUUGCCCGAUGUUGCAAAGAAGAUCUAAUAAAGAAACAGGCGAAGAUUGGUACAAGAUAGCACAUAUCCCUUGCGUUAAAUUUUAUCUCAAAGCUAGGCCCCAACACCAUCACGAACAGAAUGCUGGAAGAAUUUUAUCAUAAUGGUAUUCUCCAACAACGGAAGAAAUGAAGAACUUGAUCCAGUCAAGAUUGAAAUUUCAGAAGAGCCAGAGAUUUCCUCAUAGCAGGAUAUGAUGGUAAAUAUUUGAGGAAGAUUACAUUAACUGAACUGGG